AUGCCCAUAGCAACAGAAAAUCACUUCUUGAAUAUGCAAAGCAUAGUAGACUUAGACGGCAAAUCAUCAACAGCUUCACCCAAAGUUCAAGCAUUCAAUCCGUCAAAUAACGAGAAUUGUGAUGAGAUGGCAGUACCACGUAUACUUUCUGGUAAAAUUCUUUGUAACGGUUGUGGUUUCGAGAUUAAAGAGAAGUAUAUGGUAAAGGUAGAUGAUAAUUGCUGGCAUGAGAACUGUUUGAUCUGUCGUACCUGCCAGAUUCCGCUUAGCGGUUCAACAUGUUAUUCACGUAGCGGGCAAUUAUACUGUAAAGAGGACUACAUAGUGCUUUUUGGUGUGAAAUGUAUGCGAUGUGGUUUACCAGUUCGGUCUACAGAUUAUGUCUAUCGAGUGUUUGCAAGCAUUUACCACCUUCACUGUUUUAAAUGUUUUUGUUGUGGUCAUUUGUUUAAAAAAGGUGACCACUACGUACUAGUGGAUGGACAAAUCAUUUGCAGACCUGACUACGAACAUUUGUUGUGUCAACCGCCGAUAUGUCAAUCCCACUUAUACUUCGAUCAAAAUGAUUCGAAUCGAAAGACACCGAAAAGGCCAAGAACGAUCUUAAACACUCAGCAGCGAAAAGCUUUCAAGUUAGCUUUCGAAAAGACAUCAAAACCAUGUCGAAAGGUACGUGAACAACUAGCAAAGGAAACAAAUUUAAGCGUUCGAGUUGUCCAAGUUUGGUUUCAAAAUCAACGUGCCAAAAUGAAGAAAAUUCAGCGGAAACAGGAAGUAUCAGAAGCAAACGAAACAGCUUGUUCAGAAAUUGAUAUUAAAUCCAACGAUGAACUAAAAUCUAACUGCGAUUCUGCUGACGAGUUGGAUUCUGAAAAUGAUGAUGUUGAGGUCGACGACGUAGGAAGAAGCGGUGAGGAAAGAGGGAAAGAGUCGAGUAAUCCGAUCGCGCAACUAUUCCAUAUGCAUGCUACAUACUUCCUAGCAUGA